GACACAAGGCCACCACACAUGACCACUCUCCGACAUGCUAAUCAUGGCCACUGCCGUGAAACCCCUGCUCCCACUUUCUCGUUCCCCCCUUCGGAUUCUUCCCUCUUCCCCUCCAUGGAUUCCCUCGAGACCCACCUCGAAUUCUUGGCCCUCUCUGCCCAUUCCGCGCUUGAGCGAGCAGCGAGCCGACGUCUCGGCUUCGGUGGCCUUCAAUCCCUCUGGGAACUUCGAUCUUUCCCUUUACGAUGACGAAGAAGAUUCAUCAAGAGUUGCUCCACCAAUGCCCCCAACCGAGGGCCGUUUUGAAGUAGUGAUAGAUAAUGAUGUCAUUCGUAGCCUUGACUUAUCACCGUUUCAAGUGGCCACCGGAAUCACAUCUCCCUUGUCCGCUGAGCCAAAGGAGUAUCUAGAACGUACAAUUGGGUUUACUAUCAAUUACACAAGGGAGGAUCCUGGAGAUCUUCGAGAACUAUCAGAAUUUCCAGACGUAAGACUCUGGUUUUUGAGACUCGAUGCCACUUGUCCGUGGCUUCCUGUCUUGUUGGACUGGCGAGCAGGAGAGCUUGCCCGUUAUGCAGCUAUGUUGGUUCCUCACCAGAUGAAUAUGAGAAUGGGAGUUGUCUUCAAUCCUGAGGCACUAGAAUUAUUCAUUAUGAGCAAAGUGAUGGUGGUAUACACUUGGUUGAAGAAACAUGAUGUCUCUAAGCCAAGGCUUAAAACAAGUGACAUGGCUAGGAUGCUUGGGUUUGGCAUUGGAGACGAAUUGUUCGACUUGAUAGAUCAACAUCCACUGGAUCCAUCAUGAAUUUUCCUUGGUCUGGAUAUGCAGAAAGAAGUGGCUGAUUGCAUUUUAAUUUCAUUGUUGGCCAAACUUCGAGAGAGUCUCUAAGUCCUUGGUAUCAAAUAACAAUCCGAUGGAAAGCGGAAGUGAGAAUGUCGGCUUGAGUAAUGCAAACAGACUCUGACCGCGUGCCUCAAGGGGUGAAGAAGAUUAGAGACAUCCUUUCUGUGGAGGUCCGUGGAGGUAAAUCUUUGCCUGCUCGGCAAGAGGAGUUGUAGGCAAUCCUUUUUUUAUUCAUACCAUUGUGUAGAAAAGCCGGAGGCACAAUUCUAGUCCUUUUUUGAUCUAGUUGUUUCUGUUGGGUUUUUGAGAUGAUGUAUUUGGUUGGCACAAUUACAUUACAUAGGCCAGCGCUGUCCUGGCAUUGUAUAUGAAAAUUAGAUCUUGGGGGUCAUAGUUC